ACAAACUUCCAGAAAACUGCAAAACAGCUGAAACACUGAGUUCCUUUAAAUUGAGAUUAGAAAAUCUGCCUGGUUAGAUCUGCUUUUGAACCAUAAGUAAGUUGAAAGUCUGAUCAAUAUGGCGAGUAACGAAAAGUCUCAUUUACCGUCAUACAUAAGCACAAAUAUCGGAACAUUUCUUAUGAAUGUUUCUAAAGUAGCGCCACAAAAUUUGAGAGUUUGAUAGAAGGAAACGUAUAUAAAAAAAUAAAUCAUAAAUUCUUGGAGUGACUGAUUUACAGUCCCACGAAUGAUUUUGUUUCUCUUCAUGACUUGCCUCUGGAAACUGAUCAUUGAUGGAGGAACAUAAACUCCACAGACCCUGAACCUGACGGGGAAACGACUGGGAACAAGAAAACACAGAAAGUCAAAGUUUUCAUGAGGAAACCGACACACAUCAGCCACAGAGACUCAGAAUGCAUUCUGUUCAUUGAAUACUGGUUUGUUUAGAGCAAACUGUGUGUUUCAGGUAAAUUGGAAAUUUCUUGUUGUUUUCCAGCAAGCACCGACUCUAAACAGGAACGUGUUCAGAGACGGAAAGAUUCGAAUUGAUUUUGUCCUGGUGUGGGAGGAGCUUCGGGGUGCUAAUGAGAACGACACAGGUAAUAGCGCCACCCAGAGGAAGUGGAGGGAACAGUUUCUGAACAGACUGAGAAAAGUAGGCCUGCUGCAGGAGCAGGUGAGCAAAACAAACACACCUGAGAGUGAAGUUAAACCCAAACAGAGCGACAUGUGAGUGAAACGGCUGCCUCUGAUUGGCUGUGAUGAGGGGAUGGAGGGCGUCCCACAUCAUGACGCCUCCUCCGUCGUGCUGGACAGGUGCUCUGUGUCCUAACAUGUCCCCUUCAAGGUCUUUCUGUCCUGUUGUCCACAGAGAGAGGUCUUCAGGGCAAAGAAGAGGAUCCGCUUCAUCCUCCUCAGCGCCCCUUGGAGGGUCCUCUGCUACUACGCCGAGGAGAUCAAUCUCAAAGUCCCGCUGGAGGUGGUCACCGAUCCGAUGACUAACUGGUCCGAACAUUUCCUGUCCAAGCUGUCCCUCCCCAAUCCACUGUCCCAGAACGUCCCCAACCCACCGCUGGAAUACUACACCUGUCAGUUCAAGUCCAACAAGCUGGAGAGGUUCCUGGGAAGUGGUGACAAGGAGACGUUCUUUAAGACCACCCAGAGACACCAAGUGCUGUAUGAGAUCCUGGCCAGAACUCCGUACGGUUCUGUGAACCGGGGCGAGGUGGGCAUCGACCGGCUGAUCAGUGAGGAAGUCUUCACGGCAGCGUACCCACUGCACGAGGGGGACUACAGGAUGCCGGACGACCCAGUGCCCCUAAAGUCUUUAGUACUGAGGCAGAUCCUGCAUGGGUACUGGUCAAAGUGGUCCUGCUGGAGACGCUACCAACCUCUGGGCCACAUAAGGGAGUAUUUUGGGGAAAAGAUAGCUCUCUACUUUGCAUGGAUCGGUUUCUACACUGCCUGGCUGCUGCCUGCAUCUCUGAUUGGGACUCUGGUCUUCCUGUUGGGUUUUGUAGAUUUGUUCUCUGAUGUCCCAGCGAAGGAGGUGUGUGAAAGCGGAAACUCUUUCAUCAUGUGUCCUCUCUGUAACAUCUGCUCCACUUGGAACUAUUCCAGCAUCUGCAUCACCUAUAAGGCGGGUCUCCUGUUUGACAACUGGGGGACAGUGUUUCUCAGUCUCUUCAUGUCUUUGUGGGCCGUCACAUUCCUGGAGUACUGGAGGAGAACUUCUUCAACUCUUUCCCACCGCUGGGGCUGCUCUGACUUCGAGGACAUUGAGGAGCGUCCGCGUCCAGAGUUCUCGGCCAUGGCGCCGAUGACCACGAGGAACCCGAUCACUGGGGCCGAGGAACCUUAUUUUCCUGAGAAUAAACGCUUCCACAGAACUGUGACUGGAUGCAUGGUCAUCAUUGUCAUGAUUUCUGUGGUCCCGAUGUUCCUCAUUUCCAUUAUUAUGUACCGUACCAUCCUCAGAGUCGUACUCUACAAGUCAACUACAACUGACAGCUCCUCUGCUGGGACGAUAGCCAGCAUUUCAGCAUCAGUGCUGAACCUGAUCAUUAUCCUGACAUUGUCCAGAAUUUACACCUGGCUGGCCGGCGUCCUCACACGCUGGGAGAUGCAUCGCACUCAAACCAAAUAUGAAGACAUGUUCAUCCUCAAAGUUUUCAUAUUCCAGUUUGUGAACUUCUACUCAACUCCAGUCUACAUCGCAUUCUUCAAAGGCAGGUUCGUUGGUUACCCUGGAAUGUACAACACUCUGUUUGGAAUUCGUAAUGAAGAGUGUGGAGCCGGCGGGUGUCUUAUUGACCUGGCUCAGGAGCUGCUGGUCAUCAUGGUGGGAAAACAGAUGAUCAACAACGUCCAUGAAUUCAUCUCCCCGAAGGUUCAGGCGUGGUGGCAGAAAAACAAAAUCCGUCCUCCACAGAUGGCAGGGGAGGGGACUCAGACGAUGAUGAACGUUUCUCCUUGGGAGGCAGAUUACGACCUGCUGGUCUGUGAGGGACUCUUCGUGCUGCUCUUCUCAGUGCUUCAGUUUGGUUUCAUCACCAUCUUUGUGGCGGCGUGUCCUCUCGCUCCUCUCUUCGCUCUCAUGAACAACUGGGUGGAAAUCCGUUUGGACGCUCAGAAGUAUGUUAGAGAAUACCGCCGCCCGGUGGUGGAGCGAGCUCAGGACAUCGGCAUCUGGUUUCACAUCCUGCAGUUCAUCUCACACAUAGCCGUCAUCAGCAACGCUUGUCUCAUUGCCUUCACCUCGUCCUUUGUGCCUCGGCUGUACUACCGUUACACCAGAGACAGCACCCUGAGCGGCUUCGUUAACUUCACCCUGGCAACAGCCCCACUCAGCCACAACACCACCUGCAAGUAUAGAGGUUACAGGGAUGAUAAUGGUGAAUAUCUGCCGGAGUACUUUCACCUCAUUGCUAUACGACUCAGCUUCGUCGUCAUCUUUGAGCAUGUGGUCUUCUUCAUCGGCCGACUGAUUGACCUGACGGUUUCUAACGUCCCAGAAGAGGUGGAGAUUAAGAUAAAGAGGGAGCACUACGUGGCUAAACAGGCGCUGGCUGAGAACAAGGCUUUGGGGAAAGCCAUGAUGCCGAAUGACAAGGACGUUGGGUCAGGUCAUUGUGGAUCCAGAAGCCUAGUACAAUUCGAUCCCUGCAUUGCAUUACCAACACAUCUGAUCACGAUCCCAGAGAAAACGGAUCCAGCUAGCGGCUGCUGACCUGAAGCCCGACUGCAUCAGAACUGAUGGCUAUGAGACCGGUUCCUGUGGAGGUUUUACAACCUGCAGAAUGGGGCUCCUUCUGGAUGUUUACUGGAUUUAUAUACAAUAAUUUAGCUUUCCAACUUGUCAUAGAACAGUGUGCCGAUGAAGUAUCUUCCUACCUUUACCUUCUGAAACCGGAAGACCUGUUAGAUUUCUGAGUAACUCUCCUGAGAACCUCGACCGACCCAAAGCUUCUCAGGAACUUCCUCAGACAGAGAGGCUGGAAGUAGAACCACUUAAAAUGGAAAUGUGUUUUAUUCUGCUGUUGGAGGGAACUAAAGCUUAUUCCAAGGUGUUUGUGAUGUACCAUCAUAUUUAGAAAAACUGACAUCUCCAGCAUUCUGGAUGUGGGAACUUUAAAUAUUCUUGGCUUAGGCUAUGAAUGUUUGUGUUUUGGUCACUUGCAGAGAUAUAAAUUAGUCUGCAUUUGCAGCAUUAGAUUAUUUCCAUUUCUUCCGGCUGCUCAACUAUUGGUCAAUUAAUGUAGAUUUUUAAAAAUAUUUUAAAUUUAGCUCAUUAAAAGCAACACCAACUUGUCUUAGUGAGAAAAAGUAAAUAUUUACUGCAAAGUUCUGAAUGUUACAUAUUUAUUUUAUAGGUCAGAUGUGAUGUUAUUUUUAU